GCAGAGAGAUCCAAACAUCAUCAAUCAAACACAUUCACCAACUACUACAAUGGACUACGAAUACGGAGGAGGAGAGUACUGUCGGAGAGGACAUGUACCAGCUUUUGGAAGCUGGGAUUGGAACGACGCCGUUCCAUUCACUCAAUGUUUCGAGACAGCAACAACUCAGCAACCUGCUUUUCUUCACUACGCUCCUUACCCUCAAGAUCGUGAUCUUUACCUCGCUGGAGAUCUCUACGAUAAUCACCACCUUGUAGCUCCUGCCGUCAUCAUCGUCCCUCGUCGCCGGGCUAAGGUGGGUCAAGAACCGGUGGAGAAGAAGAGAAAUGUCUCCAAGGAGCAACACAACUACAAGACGGAGGCGCGUGAGUUUAACGCGCCGGUAAGCUGUCCGACACCGGUGGUGAAGCGGAGGAUGAAGGCACAAAAGCCUGUGGAUGAGGACUUGUACAAAGUCUCCCCACAACUUCUCUCAGUCAAAUCCAAAAGGAAAAGAGGAGGAGGUGGGUUUGGGUGCAUUUCAAGGUGUUUUUUGCCAACACGGGUGCUUUGAAGCAACAAGCGUGAGAGACUUGAGUCAGAACAACACUUUGUUUUU